AUGAAGAUCCUCAUAAACAAAACAACAGCAGAAACUGUAACCCGUAACGCCGUGUUUCCAUCGUGGAAAAAUGAGGCAUUGGGUGAAGGAUUACUGAUCGCCUCAACAGAUAAAAACAAACGGCGGAACCUCAGUUACUAAUAGUCCACGAGCCACAGUUAAUAUUUUUAUUUGCAAUUAUUGAAAGAAACCGGGACACUGAUAAUACGAAUGCAGGAAGUUAAAGUAUGUUAAUUCAAAAAAAGGAACGGAAAAUUCGGAAGGAACCCCAAGAGGGCUGGGAAACCAAUCACAGAUAGACCGAAUGGCUGGCGUCCGGCUGGAAGUAUCAAAACUACCACGAUUUCGUUCAAGAAUCAUGCUAAAAACGACAGCCAGACAGAUACUCGAAAAUGAUUACGUCACUUGCCGAAGUCCCCAGACCAUUAAUGAUACUAUUAAAUUUUUAUUAAACUCCGGAAGUGCAACUGCAUCACUACUGUCAAGAACAAAUCUGUCUUAAUAACAUUAAUUAAUCCAACAGAAACGGAAUUCCAACUUCAAUUCCCAAAUUUGAAUCAGUUAGCCCAUGAGGAAUUCAAUGAAGCCUCCAUUAGUACCACGAAAAUCUCGGACCAACCAGAAAAUCAGGCUGAUGGUGGUAGAAUAGCAAAGUUACAGGGAUUACUUCCAAUUGAACAUUUGAAGCCAGAAGAAAAGCCAUCAUUAUCCACGAUUUACGACCAGUACUUGGAUUUAUUCUUCCUCAAAUGGGACAAAAUAACCACUACUACAGUAGUAGUACACGAAAUUAGGACUCCAAACGCAGUGUAG